UUAAAAACGCUUCUCUUCUUCAACUCUCUCAUUAUAAGCAUACCUCGUGAAGUUGUCUUCUGCAUAUUUCUGUGUCUAUCUAUCUAUAUCUAUAUCUAUAUAUAUGUAUAAACUCUUCUUGAUCUUACAUUUCUUGAGCUACAGGUCUUCUUGAGCUUUAUCUUUUAGUUCAUCAAAACUUUGUUCAUCUAUUAUCAUAUAGUCUUAGAGCAUUCAUUUUUUUUUUUUUUUAGCACUAUACAAAGGGCCAAAAAUUAGCUAAAUAACCUAAAGCAAAGCUCUUUUUUCGUAAGUUUAUAAAGUUUUUCUUGUCGAAAUGGAUGUCGUAAAAGCAAAAUGGAAGAAGAAUUUGAUCUGCAAGGCAUGGGAGAGGUGUCUUUCAUUUGGAAAUGGAGGCUCGUCAUCAUCAUCAUCAUCAUCAAGCUCUAUGAUGAAUUCAUUGAGAAGAUGCAGAACAGCACCAUCAGAGAGGAAACAGAAGCGACAAGUGGCUCCGGAAGGUUGUUUUUCAGUAUAUGUUGGGGUGCAGAAACAGAGGUUUGUGGUUAAGACAGAGUUGGCUAACCAUCCUCUCUUCAAGAUGCUUUUAGAGGACGCUGAAAUGGAAUAUGGGUUUAAUAGUGAAGGUCCUAUAUUGCUUCCCUGUGAUGUUGAUUCAUUCUAUAAGGUACUUGCAGAGAUGGAAAGCGGUGAUGAAGAUUUUGCAGCAAGUCCUAAUUGUAGCUUAGUUCUUCUUAGCCCAUGUCGUUCAAACUAUAGCAGAAUCAGUAAUGGUUAUGGAGGUUAUAAGGUUCUCAAUCACAUUUGAGAGUUUAUCAGAUCAUUAAUUUGUUUAUGGCUUUUGUUUUUCUUUUUUUCUUUUUUUUUCUUUUUCUUUUUUUUCCUAAAUUUUAGCUUGUUAUUAGUAAUUUAGGAAAAGUGGAAAAAGAACUCUACUGCAAAAGUAUAUAAUACAUAUGUAAUGUAAAUCUAUGGGG